AUGGAGAGAAGAGGCUUUCUUGUUUCCCUCUUUCUAUUAAAAGUGCUAAUAUACGCCGGAGGAUAUGGGAAAGUGAGUGGUUGCUUGGAUUCGGAGAGAAAAGCUCUGAUUACUUUUCGGAAGGCUCUGAACGAUCCCUCCAAUCUUCUCUCUUCUUGGGAUGAUGCCUCAGACUGCUGCAAUUGGAGAGGUAUUACCUGCCACAACAUAACUGGGUAUGUUCUUAAACUCGACCUCCACAGAAACUUCUCAGAUCAGCUAAGUGGCGGAAUUGAUCCAGCUUUGUUGGAAUUGAAGCAUCUUCAGUUCUUAGACUUGAGCCAUAAUGCUUUUAACGGUAUCCCAAUUCCAAGGUUCUUGGGUAUGAUGAAGGAGUUGAGGCAUUUGAACUUGUCAGAUGCAGGGUUCAGUGGGAGUAUCCCUCAUCAGCUUGGAAACCUCUCUAAACUCAUUUCCCUGAAGCUUUCUUCAGAUUAUUCUUUGAGUGCCAAAAACCUUUGGUGGUUGACAACCCUACCUGCUCUCAAUUACCUCCACAUGUCUUAUGUGAACCUUUCCAUGGCAAGCCAUGAUUGGGUGCACGUAAUGAACAUGUCUCCUUCCCUUGUUGAGCUAAGCUUAAUCGGUUGUGGUCUUUCAUAUAUUUCUCCAGCUCUUCCUUCUGUUAAUUUUACAACUCUCCGUGUCAUUGAUCUCCAUUUUAACUACUUCAAAACUACCAUUCCAAACUGGAUAGCUAACAUUAGUAGUCUCGUGUCCUUGUAUCUUUCACAUAACAAUUUUCAUGGUAAGGUGCCUUAUCAAUUUUCACAGCUUCCUAACUUGGAAGAGUUGGGGUUGGGAUCAACUGAUGAUAACCUGAGGGUUGAUUGGUCAGAGUUCCUUGAAGGCAGCUGGAGGAAGCUGAAGAAACUUGAUCUAUCUUUCAGUCAGCUGCAUGGAGGAAUCCCCAACUCUAUUUGGAAUAUGACAUCACUUGAGUCUCUCUCUUUGUCAUUCAGUGAGAAUAUAACAGGUAGCAUUCCAAGAGCCAUAACUAAGCUUAUCAAUUUAGAGAGCCUGUUUUUCUAUGGAUACAAAAUGCAUGCAGCCAUUCCUGAUUGGUUAUAUAAGCUCAAAAAUCUUAAACACCUUACUUUCAUGGAUUGCAUGCUGACAGGCCCAAUCCCUGCAGCUCGUCUUGGAGGAUUGUCUUCCUUACAAAGUUUAUCUCUCCGUGGGAAUCAGUUGAAUGGGACAAUCCCAACAACUUUAGGACAACUUUCUAACUUGUAUUUGCUUGACCUCUCUUCCAACUCCUUGGCAGGAAAAGUGUCUGAAAGUUUUUUUGAAAACCUUGAAAAGUUGACAUCAUUGGAUUUGUCUUUCAAUUCUUUGGUUUUUGAUCCACACUCAGAUUGGACCCCUCCAUUUCAGCUUUCUUACAUUUACCUAGGAUCAUGUCAUUUAGGUCCUCGAUUUCCUCUCUGGCUACGGACACAAAAAUACGUACAGGGGUUGGAUCUCUCUAACACAAGUAUCGCUGGCAUCAUCCCCACCUGGUUUUGGGAUUUAACACCCCAACUUUCAUCUUUGAACCUUUCAAAUAACCAGAUUUCUGGCCAAUUGCCCAACCCUUUAAAAAUGCAGACUCAGGCCUUCUACAUUGAUUUGAGUUUGAAUCAUUUCAGUGGUCCCAUACCCUGCAUUUUGAAUGGAGCCAUAGUACUUGAUCUCUCCAACAAUCAAUUUUCUGGAACAAUCCCACCAAAUUUUACAUCCACAAUACAAUAUUUAGAAUUCUUUUCCGCCAAAGGUAACAAAAUCAGUGGCAUGAUUCCCUCAUUCAUAGAAGGAAUGAAUUCCUUGAAUGUCCUUGACCUUUCCCGAAACAAUAUUGGUGGUAUCAUUCCAUUGAGUUUGGGUAAUUGUGUAGCACUUGAGGCACUUGAUUUGAGCAACAACAAGUUAUCAGGAGAAAUACCUGGGUCUUUGGGUCAGUUGUGUCGACUCCGAAUAAUGCACUUAAGCAACAAUAACCUAUCAGGAGAAGUCCCUUCAUCAUUGAAGAAAUGUACCAGUUUGGAGACUCUCGACCUUGGACACAACAAUUUCUCAGGUUGUAUUCCCGCUUGGAUUGGCGAAAGCUUCCGUGCUUUAAGAAUUCUGAGUUUACGAUCAAAUUUGUUUACUGGCAACAUCCCACCACAACUAUCAAACCUAACUUCUCUUCAGCUCCUUGAUGUGGCACAAAAUUGUUUAUCUGGUUCUAUUCCCGUAAGUUUCGAAAAUCUCAUGGCCAUGAAGAAUGAGCAGAAGAUAAACCUUGUUCUUUCCUAUGGAGGGAUAGUAUCAUCAUAUUACAGGGUAUCAUCAUAUUACAGGGAAAAUUUGCUAGUGUCAAUAAAGGGGAAAAUGCUUGAAUACACUGGAGCAGUUUCACUGGUUACAUGCAUGGACCUUUCAAGCAAUAACUUAUCUGGAGAGAUUCCUGAAGGACUUACAAGUCUUUUGGGACCGCGUGCCUUAAACUUUUCUGGAAAUCAUUUGACCGGAAAGAUCCCAGACGAGAUUGGUAAAUUAGCAUUACUAGAGUCUCUUGAUUUCUCAAAAAAUAAGCUUUCAGGUACACUUCCUCUGAGCAUUUCAAAUUUAACUUUUCUAAGUUACUUGAACUUGUCAUGUAAUAACUUGUGGGGGAAAAUUCCAUCUGGAAAUCAGCUCCAGACAUUUCAAGAUCCUUCAAUUUAUAUGGGCAACAACAGACUUUGUGGGCCUCCUCUUUCAGUUAAGUGUGUUGGUGAUGAGAUAUCUCAAGGUCCCAAGCUAGUUGGUGGUGAUGUAGAAAAAGAUGAAGAAGACAAUAACAUGCUUUGGUUUUAUUCUGCCAUGGGACUAGGAUUUGCUGCGGGGUUAUGGGCCUUCUGUUGUCUUCUAAUGUUCAAUGACUCAUGGAGAAUUGCCUAUUACCGCUUCUUGGAUGAGAUGAUAGAUAGACUUUUUUUGUAA